AUGACAUAUCAUUUCUCUAUCGAAAUCGACUCUUUGGGCAAACUUGCCAUCGAAGAGGAAAGUAGUGGCAAAAAGUUAUGGAAACUAUCGGUUAUGAUGUUUUUGAUCACUAUAUCACUGCUUAUAAUGAUCGGACUUUUCAUAGUGGAUGGACUCAAGUGUCGACAAACGGAGGAGGAGGCGGACCAAUGUGGCGCUCAUUUGACAUUCUUUGGUGAUCCCAAUGUUGUCAUACCAUUGACCGAAGAGGACAUGGAUAAGCACUGCAAAUUGAUGUUUGACUCAAUCAAAUGUCUGCAACAGUACUCCCGGACCUGUUUACCGACAUUCCCACAACAGGCCCUUCAGAUAUUCACAUAUGACAUGAAACAAGUGAUCACAAAGAGGUGUCACUCGCCGCUCAUCAGACAUAACUUCUUGGAGUACGCGAAGUGUUGGUCGCCGAAGGAAAGGAUGCAUAAGACGAACAUCUGUUCGGACAAACACAUCAUACAACUGGAGUACAUCCGACAGCACGUGGAGCCCGAGUUCCAGAUCCCCGCCAUAUGUUGUACAUCCCAUCAGAGGCACGAUUGCAUCAAACGGGAGAUAUCGGACAUCUGUGACGACCAGAACGUCGAGUACGUGAUCGAAGUGAUCGACGGCUCCACUCAAGCCAUGUAUGAGUUUACGUGCGAUCAGUUCACCACAACUGACUCCUGCGACAAACACUUCAACGCAUCCGUUUGGGAACCACUCAAAGAUGUCAUUAAUACCAACGAUGAGAAACUGUUGGCCGCCAGACAUAAGCAUAAAAGCAGUUUAGGCCCUAUUGUGGCCAUUAUUACACAUUUUGAAAUGUAGUUUCAAUUGUUAAUAGUUGUUAUAUAAUUAGUGUCCGAAUGUGCCGAUGACCUGGGAUAUUGAGAUUAUCAUGUGAACUGGGC